GCGCGCGUCCGGGUCUUCCCGGCAACCGGUGACAGGGCCGCGAGGGGCCGGCCACUGGCCAGCAGGGAGAGAGCGUGACCCCAUCCCAGCGCCGGACGCCGCUCCGCUCGGCGGCCGCGCGCUCCUCAGCCACUUCCUCGGUCCACGACGCGGGGUCGGCGGGCCCGCCCAGCCGGAGCUGCGCGCCGUCACAGGAGCCAUUCGGCGACCGGUGAGGGGCCCGAGGGACCGGGCGGGCGAGGGUGGCGCGGGGCAGCGGCCCAGCCGUCGGCCGCCUUCCCCCUCCGCCCCGGAGACUCGCGUCCACCGCGUCGAGACAGCCGCCCUGCCACGAGUGACGCGGCGGGGCGGAGGCGGGGCGAUUGGCCCGAGGCGUGCGUGGGCCACGCGCGGCCGCUUCUCCCGGCCCGCGCGUCUUCGCGGUCCUUCCGGGUGACCUUCAGGGCCGGCGAGCCCCCGGGGCACUGACAGCCGCUGGGCUCCGAGGGCGUCAGAGACCCGCGCUCCCCGCCGCGCCCGGGUGGGAAGGGGCUCGCGGGGCAGAGCCUUCUCCGCGAGGGGCGGCAGCUGACCCCGCGCCCGGGGACUGGCCGCGCGGAGACCGCAGGGGCUGCAUCCGAGGCCAAGCCUUCCCCGAGCCCCUCUGCCCCGCGUGAGGGCUGACAGCGGCCUGGCAGACUGUGCGGGACCCCUCGGGAGGCACGGUCCUGAGCACCGUUCUGGACUCGGGGCGGCUUCCAUGUCGAGAGAGCGGGCACGCCGAGUGCCCGGUCCAAGGUCACCCGGCAACGUGGCCGCUCGCCUCUGCUUCCGGGCCGGUGGCAGCCCCAGCAGUGCUUGCAGGGUGUGCCGUGAACGGGGCCCUUCCUCCAGGACCUCCCUGGCGGGGCAGAAGACCGCACGUUCCGGGAGGCUCCCUCCACCGCGGGCCUCGGUUUUGCCCUUGUCAGGGACGGAGGAUGGAUUCCUGCUCUGUGGGUUUCUGCCUGCCUGCGUGCUCACCCAUACCUUCACACCUCUCAGACUUCAAAGGACAGCGUUUGCGAAACCAAAACUUAGAAAAGAACGUUCGGAUCAAGUCAGGCGUGAGCACCCCAGCUCCCUGCCCUCUCAGAGUGGACCUGGAGCUGAAGGGAGCAACUGUUUGAAGAACUGGACCCUGUUUCUGUUACGGGGAGGAGGAUGCAUGGGUGGCCGCUCCCGGUCUGAAUUCCAUCCCCCACCUUUGCCUGCUGGAGCACGGUUAAGAUUUCCCAUAGUGGGUGGGCCCCGUUCACUGAUUAAUUCAGAAUACAGCCAAGUAAGGGCGGGAGAGCAGCAUGGGGGACCUCUCCCAGAAAAGGGGUAUUUGAGAAGGGGCUCUCACGGAGGGGAAAGAGACCAAAGCAGGCUCUCGGAAGCCAUGUACACCUUCCUCUGCCCUCUACCCCCCGCCCAGAGUGAGGAGUGUGUCCGUUGUGUCCGUCUGGUCUGGAUGUCAAGGGGUCUCCCAGUGUCACAGAAUCCUGGAGACAGCGUCUCUCAGCUCCCAGGAGGAAACCAGAGACUCACCUCUCCAGGAUGUAGCUACAGCUCCCACCGCCCCCUGCUGCUCCCUCUCCUAAUGGGAGUCGUCCUAUUUCCUGGCCCAGGGCCCUGAGAUUGAUUCAAUACCCACAGAAUACACCCUGGGUGCUUGAGCAGCAUCUCACCUCCUCAUCCUCUGGCUGCUUGGUGCUUCGUACGGAGCUGCACAGUCAGGCCUGUUGUCUCUGCUAAGUGAGCUUCUAUGCACCGGCCAGGCCUCAGAAAGCUUGGAGGGUGCCAGGGGAAAGGGACAGGUAGACCACUUGGCCUGCUGUCCUGUCCCUGCACCCCACUGUGUGCCUGUGUUGGAUGACUCUGGACAAGCCUGCACAGGAACCUCAGAUCAUAAGGGAUAACGAGUAACACCCACUUCCCAUACAAGAAGGGGACACAUGUGCAAACAUGUUGAUGGCACUAACGCCUGGGAUGGUUUCACCUUCCGAGUAGCAGUGAGAGAAAGUUGCAUAGGUCAUGACCCCAAGUCCCAGCCAGGUCUCCUCCUCUUUCCAGAAGAGAGGUGGACUCUUCAGGAGGGGCUGAUCAGAGGCCAGAGCGUAGGAAGUGAGAGCAACGACCCUCCUGCAGGGCCCAGGGGCCCUGAGUCGGGCAGGUUCACAGCCCUCUCCCACAGAGUCUCCAGGUGCUCCGGCAUGGGCUGCUCACCCUCUGUGAGUUGUUCCAGGGCUUGGAAAGGCAGUCUGUGUCCAAUACAAAUAAAAUAUGAGCCAAUUUAUCAUCUUGAAUUAUCUUUAACAUGGGUGAAAUUAAUUUUUGUACUGUUUAACCCAAUAAAUCCUAAAUACAUCAACAUUAAGUAUUACUAAUGAGAUAUGUUGCAUUAUUUUCCCAUAUAAAGUCUGAAAUGAGGAGUGCGUUUGGCCCUUACAGCACCAUCUCAAUCUGGAUGAGCCACACUGCGAGUGCUCAGUCACCUCCUAUUUCUCUCUGCCACUGUGGUGGUCAGUGCAGCUCUGAACAGUCCCCUCAGCCCCUCCCUGCAGCUCACACCAGUCCUACCUAACUCCACUUCAAGAUGGAGAGAUCAUAAGGUGGUCACUUGCCUCUAGCAAGUCCUGACUUUCUGGAGCCUCAUCUCACCUCAGGAUGCGGGCAUGGCAGGACAGCUGCAGAGGAAAGCCCAUUCUGCCUGAAGGACUCACCGCAGAAGAAAAGUCUCUCACAGCACAUUGUCAGUAACUGUUCUCCAUCAUGACCACUUCUAGCCCUGGUUUGCAAUUUGUGACCAACUAGGUAUGAUCUGAAAUGCCUACAUUAUCUAUGAGGAAAAAAAUAAAGCAAUAUGUGAAACUCAGUUUAUCUUGAAUCUCUUGUGAAUGUUAAUUUUCCACUAGUUUAUCUUACUUAGUACCUGUUUUUAUUAGUUAUAUGUAAAGUAUUAAAUGCUUGGAAGAUAAUAAGGUACUUUAUUUUUAUUUGGAAGGCAGAGAGACAGAACGAUAUGAUCUUCCACCCACUGGUUUACUUCCCAAAUGCCCACAACAAGCAGGACUGAGCCAGACCAAAGCUAGGAGUGCAGAACUCAAAUCUGGUCUCCCAUGUGGGUGGCAGGGACCCAACCACUUGAACCAUCACAGCUGCCUCAUUAGCAGGAAGCUGGAACAAGAGGUAGAGCCAAAACUCAAGCCCAAGCACUGUGAUAUGGGAUGUGGGCAUCCCAAGCAGUGUCUUACUGACCGCACCAACCAAAUGCCCACCCCCCGACCCCUGCAAAGUACUUUCAAGGAUUCAACAAUUAGGACUUUUCACUUCCCCUUUUCCAAGCUUUCCUGUAUGUUUUUCCCAAAGUACUGGAAAUUUGGCAGAUUACUUCAAAGCUCACAGCCAGGAGAGAGGUGGUUGUGAUAGUCCAGAAAGCAUCCUCUUUUAGCACAGUUGAUAUUUUCUUCUUUCAGGCCCACCUCAGGCACAGACCCCUUUGCUUCUGGGGCAAACUCCCACGUGGAGUGAGGUUCAGAAGAGACUUGAAGAGCCUGCCAUGGCACUUAGGCACCUAACCUGCAUCCCAGACCAAAGUCUCUCUUAUUCCUUGUCCACAAUGGAAGGAAAUGCUGUCUUCAUUUUAACGAAAUUUAUGUGUGUCUAUUUGUUUUUAUUUCUUUUGGCAUGUGCCCUGGCAGAAGGUGGCUUCUGAAAUAAAGGCCUGUGAGGUGCUGUGAUCCCCAGAAACCCCUGCCAGAGCAUUGCUCUCUGGGGCAUUUGGGACCAGCCAUUGACCUGGAGUGUCUGGGUCGCACAUUCCUUCUGGAGCAACCAGGAGGUUCCUGCCGCUGCUUGCCAACACAUUUGUAAAACCAUUCUCUUUGAGGAGCCGACUCCAUGGUGCGGUAGGUUAAUGCUCCGCCUGCAGUGCCAGCAUCCCAUAUGGGCACCAGUUCUAGUCCCAGCGCUCCUCUUCCAAUCCAGCUCUCUGCUAUGGCCCAAGUCCUUGGGACCCUGCACCCACAUGGGAGACCCAGAAGAAGCUCCUGGCUCCUGGCUUCGGAUCAGCACAGCUCUGGCCGUUGCGGCCAUCUGGGAAGUGAACCAACAGAAGGAAGACCUGUCUCUCUGACUCUCCCUCUCACUGUCUGUAACUCUACCUGUCAAAUAAAUAAUAAAAUCUUUUUUAAAAAAAUCAUUCUCUUUGAAUAAAAUGUCUGGAAUUCAAUAGACUGCACCCCCCCCCCAAAAAAAAAGUAGAGUGCUGUCACCAAUGAAACAAGAAUGGCAACAUGAUCAGUGAGUUGUGAUGCUGUUCUUCCUAGUUUUUCCCCCUAAGUUUUACUUUAUUUAUUGAAGAGAGAGGGAUGGAGGACUCCCAUCUGCUCAUUCUCUCCCAAAAUGCCUGCAACAGCUGAGCAGCAGGAGCUGGGAGCCAGCUCAACACGGUCUACCACAUGGGUGGCAUAAACCCAGUUGUCUGAGGCCUGCUGCCUCCCCAGGUCUGCAUUAGCAGGAAGCUGGAGUCAGCAGCCAGAGCCAAGCAUUAGACUGAUGUGGACACAGCAUCUUAACCAGUGUCUUAACUGCUAGGCCGAAUGUCCACUCCCUUCCUAAACUUUACUUUUCAAAAUGUCCAUUAAAAAGUACCCUCCUUUCUCACAGUGAGAAUAAAGACCCUCUCUCUCCCUGCUUGUCUCCUGCUCAGAUUAAACCUGCAUUCCCCCUCUCCCUUCACCCCUGCAGGGCAGAGCACCCCUGCCCCUCCAGAGGCACCAGAGGAGGACUUCCCACGCUGGCUGCUCCUGCCCUGCACCGAGGGGAGUCACAGCCCCAGAGCUCACCUCUGCAGCUGCCAGGAGCACCCUGUCGGAUCUGAGGGUUCCACUGGAGGUAAGCAGGGUGCUCUCCAUAAAGGGGUUCAUCUGCUACUCCUGGUUCUCCGAUCCCUGGACCUGGGCAGAAUGAUAGCCAACGACUCGGCCUCCCAGAGGCUCCUGGAGCCUGCCCCUCCCCUUCCCUUCCCAGCCUUCCUGACGGUGGGGACGUGCUUCUCGGGCGCUGCCAGCAGCUUGUGACCGCGUUUGCUGUGAACUGACCUGUGCACGCUCCUCUCCCCACCUCCUGGGUCCUGAGCUGCCCUCUCCUAUCUGGGGCUGGGUACUUCCUUGCAAAGCCAAGGAACAAUGUUUUGGGGUUCCUCAAAGACUUGCCCGGCACAGGCCUCGGCUCGCUGUGCACCAGGUUUGCGGCUUCUGCCCAGGCUGCUGCCAGACCCCGGCCCAUGCGCGUCCUCAGAGUGCCGCUUUGUCCUGUGCAGGCCUAGCUGGGCUCCCCCGGCACAGGACGGUGUGGGGGGAGCUAAGCCCCGGGAUUUUUCAUUGCCUGUGCUCUACUAGCGCAUCUCCGGGCGGGGACCCCCAGUCUGUGGCCAGAGAGCAGGCCGGACACCCCGUCUGCCCCACUCAUCCCCACUCUGUCCCUGCGCUCAGGCCUCCCGCCUCCUGUGCAGAGCGCAAGCCCUGCUCCGCAUCGUCUCCUGCUGCUGUGCCUCCCGCCCUCACAGGUGCCACGUGGACACCCCCUUCACACGGGUGGAACUCGGCGGCUUUGCAUCCUCUCGGAGACGGACCACGCGGGGAAGUUACAGGAACACGGAGCCAGCGUUCCCCUGGGUGGGGCUGCUGGCGCUUUCGCUGGGGUUCACUGUGACCUCCCCACGGGGCUCCAGGUCCGGGGUGAGCCUGGCCGCAACCACCCCUCCCCCCCGCAGCGCCCCCUGUCCAGGCCUUAGGGACCCUAAACCUCCCUGGCGCCGCGAGGGCGCGCCUCCCCGCGGGCCCGGCUCGCCAUGUUCCCGGCGGCAGGGGUGGCGGCGAGGCCCUACGCUUGCAGCGAGUGCGGCAAGAGCUUCGGCUACAGCUCGGUGCUGCUGCUGCGGCACGAGCGCGCCCACGGCGGCGAGCGCCGCUUCCGCUGCCUGGAGUGCGGCGAGCACUGCGCGCGGGCCACCGACCUCCGCACGCACCGGCGCGCGCACGCCGGCCAGACCCUAUACAUCUGCAGUGAGUGCGGCCAGAGCUUCCGCCGCAGCGGCCACCUCGACCUGCACCUGAGCGCGCACCGGCGGCGCGGCCGCAUCUGCCCCUGCCGCCUCUGCGGCCGCCGCUUCCCCCACCUGCCGGCGCUGCUUCUGCACCGGCGCCGCCACCACCCCCCCGAGCGGCCGCGCCGCUGCCCGCAGUGUGCCCGGGCCUUCCGCGACAGCACACUGCGUUUCCAUCAGGCUCGGGCGCACCCCGCAGGACCCACCGUCUCCCCAGCCACCAGCGCGCUCCGCCCCCACGAGGCGCCAUCGCCGCGGGCCGUCCAGGCCAGUGCGCAGCUACGGCGGCGAGCGCGCAUCCCAGCGGCCCGGGGAGCCCGAGACAGUGCACCCGCGUCCCCGCACCCCGCGGAGGCGCACCAGUGCGGCGUGUGCGGCAAGAGCUUCGCCAAGGGCGCCACGCUCGUGCGACACCUGCACACGCACUCGGGCGAGAAGCCCUUCACCUGCCCCGAGUGCGGCAAGCGCUUCUUGGAGAGCGCCACGCUGGUGCGUCACCGGCGCACGCACACGGGCGAGAAGCCGUACGCGUGCGGCGACUGCGGGCGCUGCUUCAGCGAGAGCUCCACGCUGCUGCGUCACCGGCGCAGCCACCGAGGCGAGCGGCCGCACUCAUGUGCCACCUGCGGCAAAGGCUUUGGGCAGCGGUACGACCUGGUGGUGCACCAGCGCAUCCACACGGGCGAGAAGCCCUUCUCGUGCCCCGAGUGCGGCCGAGGCUUCAGCGACCGCUCGGACCUCACCAAGCAUCGGCGCACGCACACGGGGGAGAAGCCCUACGGCUGCGAGCUGUGCGGCAAGCGAUUCACAUGCGUGUCCAACCUCAACGUGCACCUGCGCAACCACGCGGGCCACAAGCCACACAAGUGCCCCGAGUGCGGCAAAGCCUUCAGCGUGGCCUCCAAGCUGGCCUUGCACCGCAAGACGCACCUGGGCGAGCGGCCGGCAGAGUGUGCCCAGUGUGGCAAAUGCUUCAGCCACAGCAGGUCGCUGUCGCAGCACCUACGGGCCCACACGCGUGCCCGCACCUCUGCCGCCGCCGCCACUGCCACCACCACCCAGGCUGCAGUCGGCACCGCCCUCACCUUUGCGGGGCCAGCCCCACAGGAAAAGCCAGCGCUCUUUGCGUCCCCAUGGAGGGGGACUUGCUGAGGCCACAGGAAGGCCAGGACAACUGCAGGCAGCUGCAGGCUUGGGAAAGGACUCCACGGGUGGCCCUUCCCUGGGCUCUCCUGCCUCUGCACCUCCCUCCCCGGUAGUUCUGCGCCCACCCGGUCCUUACGUUCUUGGCUUCUCUAGGGGUGUGGGUGCAGGGAGUCAGGGUCUGAGUACCUCCCCUGCUGCCACCCUGCACUGUUUGCUUCCGGCUUUCCUGCCUGCCUUCUAUCUCCCCAGGCCUCUCCUAAUUUCAGCCUGUCUCCACCUCCCCUUCCCCGUCGUGUGCUGUGCCCACCUCCUCAGGUGUCCAGCAGAUGUGGCCGCAGUCCGUCUCACCAGCCUCUUGAUCUCACCUGGUCAUCCUGCUUCCUCCCCAGCACCUGGGAAGCAGCCGGCAGACCCAGGGGCUCUGGGCUCAGCCUCCUGCAGUCGGCAGGGAGCUAUCUGCUCCGUGACCCCAGCCGGACCGUGUGGGCCGUUGUCAAUGAGUGGCAGAGGCUUCCAAGCCAGAGGGGAGGGGCGGGAGGGAAGAGGCCUGCAGGUGUCCAGUGACUGUCGGCGUACGGCUGGUGAAAUAAAGACUUGUUUGGGUUUGA